AAUGCAACAAAUAAUCGUUUAAGAAAUUAUAGAACAUCGUAAAAACAUACAUCAACAUCUUUUUUAAAUGUAUCUAUGUUCUUCAAAGAAUGCAGCGUGCUCUUUAUAAGUUAAAUAUGAUGUUUUAAGACUGACCCAUCAACAUGGCUAUGUUACUAUUUUUAGCAUAUUUGAAAAGCUUCGUGUUUUCAGGGUUUGCAAGUACUUGUUCAUGGGCUGUGGUUACACAUUCAUGGUACUAUUUAAGGCCUUGGCACAAUUGAAUUAUUGUCUUUGAUCAAUUUUUGGCCUAACGUUCAUUAAGAAAGAAAAUACCAGUUUAUAUGGAAACUCUAAUCCGGCAAUGUAUGAAGGGAAAAAUAUCCAUUAUUCACCAUCAUCAGACCAGAAGCCUUUAUGUUCAUUCAGUGGUAAAAUAUGUAAUCAGAGACGUCUGAAUCAUUUUGGAUUCUGUGUGCGACAUAUUCUUGAAGACCCAACUGCACCUUUUAAAAGAUGUGCUUAUGUUGCAAAGUCAAGUAGACAGACAUGUACACAGCCAAUACCGAAAAAUGAAGACAGAGAAUAUUGUAACAACCAUAUGCAAGUGCUGGGAAUGUUGCCUAAGAAAGAACGGAAACCAAAGAAAGAGAAAGAAAGACCAGGUUCAUUGUCAAAUCAAAUUCAUCUUGGUGCUAAAUCAGACCCUGGUCUUCUUCAGAACAAAAUAAGACCAAGGCUGUCUGUCAGUGGCAUAAAAUCAAAGCUAAUGUCAAAUAAACUAUCAUCUGGAGGGGAAGAUAUGGAUGAUGUAUAUGCAUUCCCCACAGAUAGUACAGAAAGGAAAGUGAAAGAUCUUACAGUUAUGAUUUCUAAUGUUGCAUUACCAACUGUGUCUGUAACUGUUACACCAGUGAACAGUGCUUCUGUGACUAAACCCUCAGUUGAUGCUGGUCAGUCUUCUUUAGCUAAGAUUUACCCAGAGCUGGCAGAAAAGCUGGAGAAAGUUAAACCCAAAGUUGAAACAAAAACAAAAGGGAAAGUCAAAAGUUCACGAACUAUGAAUAGCUUGCAAACAAAAAUUGCACAAAAUAAAAUUAAGGAUAAAUUAAGGAGGAAUCAGUGUUCAUCAAAUACAUCUUCUCAGUCACAGUCACCUUGCCACAGUUUCACAAGUUCACCAGGUUAUCAAAUAAAUUCAAGUUCUCCAAAUCAUCUCUCUCAUUCUCCAGCUAAUUUAGCUCCACCCAAUGUAACUGUGAUACAAGAUGGAACAAAUUCUAUUUCUAACUUAUCUGCAGCAGUAGGAUCAUCAAAUACAGCUCCAGUAUCUAGUCUUAGACAUUUGAAUCUUUUAAAUGGUCUGAAUCUACAGACAUUGAAUAUGAGUUUAGAGCAGCUAGGUUUACCUGUUCCCACUGUAAGUGACAUUGAACAAACUUUGAAACAGCUAGCUUCUGCAGCUAAUAUUCCUGUGGAAGAUAGUCAAGCAUUUAGUAAUGAAACUGGACUUUCUACUGUUGUACCUGAACCACAUGUAGGGGCUAUAUUGCAACCAGAAUUACAACAUUUACUGGCGCAAACUUUCACUCCACAGUCUAAACCACCACCACCAUAUUCUAGUGUUCAUCAUAAACCAACAAGAGAGUUGCUUCAGACUGUACCAGUCUCUAAUGUAUCAAAUACAGUCACACAAACUGGACAAGUCAAUAAACAGGUCAUGAAAAGUGACUGUGUCACUGUACAUCAAAUAAGACCUGUUACAACAUCAGAAUCUUCAUCAGUUUCACAAGUUCCUAUUGUGAAGAAACAGUUUGUACCUGAUGCAUCACUAAGUGGUGAUAAGGUAGUAUCAACUUCAACAACAGCAUUAUUGUCAUCAUCUUCAUCAAUUGCAGCUUCCUUAUCAUCACCAUUACUUCAGUUUCCUGGACAUUCUAAACUUACUUUACUCAAAUCUUCACAGACAACCCCAAGUGUUUCAUUGAAAGUUGCUGAAUCUACUAAGCAGAUUUUGAAUUUGACUGGUUUUCAGCAACCAAAAUCAAAACUCACAAAACCUAGAGGGAAAUUUCGUAUAAAUUCAUCUGGAUCAUCUAAACGUCCAGUUCCAUUAUUUUCUCUGCCAAUGACAGUUGUUAAACCAAGGAAAAUUCCUAAGCUUUUAGAUGAUGAAGACAUAAAAAAGUUGAAAUCUAAAAGUGCAAUAGAAUACUACAAUAAAAGUAAAGAGAAGAGGAUUGAGAGACACACUAUGAUUUGUUCUAAUGUUGCAAGCUCUGAUGAGAGUGAAUUAUCUGACUGUGAUAUGUUACCAUGGCAACCAGAUUGGUUCAGGGCGUCUUCUGAUGAAGAAAUUGCAGAAGAUGAAGAAGAAAGUGAUGAUGGUUUACGAACAGCAAAACUUGCUCUUGGUCGGGCAAGAUUACGGAGACAGUGUUCACAAGCUAGACGAUCAAGUGUAAUAAAUGAAAACAAAUUUACGAGAACAAAAUGUCUUAUUUCUGCAGCACGAGAAUCUCAAAAAUCUGCAGUUGAAUGUUUACAAGAGAUUUAUCAUGAUAAAUCUAAAACUUCUGAGAGAUCGAAAAGUAAAGGUUUAGUAAAAAGAAGAUGCCUGUACCUGGAUGAAAAUGAAGCUCAGUGUAAACACAACGUUGUGCCAUACACAAACCAUUGUAUUAAACAUGUGAUGUACAAUGUAGACCAGCAGUUAUUUGAGUAUUGUACAGCAAAAUUUGCUGAUAACACUCAGUGCUGUCAUCCUGUUGUAGAUACCAAACAUGAGCUGCCUCUGUGUAUGGAACAUGGUGUUAAAGCUGACAAUUUCUUGAAAACUCAAGAACUUGAGCCAAAGCCAAAACGCCCAAGAAAGAAAACGAAGCCAUCAGCUUUGACAAGACCGCCAAAAAAGGGUAAAAAGAAAAGAAAUCAAAGGAAAACUGUCCGUCCAGAAAAACCUUUACCUUUUGAUUCUGAGGAUCAAGAGGCAGUUGAGAGUGAGACAGAGGAGGUAUCAUGUCAGCCUACAUCUGAGAUGAAUGUUGACUCAGACUCUGAUAAAGCUGAAUCACAAUCUUCAAAUACUGAUGUAAAUGAGAAACCAUGCAUACCAGCAGUUAACAAGUUAGAAUUAGAUACCAACAAACCAUCUCCUAAAGUUGUAAAAGAUGGGGUUAAACUAGACACUGUUGUGAUAAAGGAACAGAGAAAAUUAUCAUCAACAAUGCAGCUGGAGGAACUAGACAAUCUCGCAACUUUAUCAGAAUUAGAAAAUGUGAAAAUGUUUGGAGAUUUGGACACAACAGCUUCUAAGCUACUGGAGGAGAAUGAUUUUCAGGAGGUUUUCAGUAGGCUGCCAGAUGUUGCUUUUGACAUAUUUAACAGUAAAAACAGCGGACUGCCAGGCACAGAUGAACUUCAAGAUUUUGAGGAGUCAUUGGUUUUGGCCAACAGAGAACUGAAAAUAACAAAAGACCCUAAUGUGUCUGCUAUUAACCUACCUGUAACAGCUAUGCAGCCUGAACAAACCCAGACAUCAGUGAUACCACACUAUUCCAAAUCUCCUCAAGGAACUUCACAAUCAAAUCAGAAAGAUGCACAGUCUCAGAUGGUCUUUCCACCUUUAUAUACCCAGACUCAUAUAGCUCAACAAUCUCAGAAUGCCUACCCUCAUGUUUCUAACCAGCCUCAAACCUCAGUUGCACCUAUAUUAGAGGAAAGUGAUGAUCUAGCAAGACAAAUUGCUGAGGAAAUCAUGAAACAAAACAUUGGUCCUAGUAAUAGUAUUGGUGAAGCUUUAUGUAAUGGUGAUGCUGAAGAAAGUAUAAAAGCUAUUGCCAGGAGUCUGUCUAAUUCUGGAAUGAUGCUUGCAGCAGAAACUAAAAGUAAAUCUCAGUCUCAGGAAGUGUCAUCCACAAACCAGUCCAUCCAAAGUCUUUCACGGCCUCAGUCUGUGCAUUUAGAAUCUAUGUACUACCAGCCUAAUGUUGCCAUGCAAAGUUCACAGUUAUCAGGAAGCCAGCAAGGAGCAGGACUUGUAUCUACUUGUGUUAUGUCUAAACCUCCAGGACAAAUAACUCAGAGUCAAGUCUCUUUUGCUGGACAAGUACCUAGUAAUUUAGUUCCACAGAAUGUUACAGUUACACCUCAAGGCAUCAUUACCCCUCAUUUAGGCUCAGCUAGACUUGGCCCUGGUUCCCAGACUGUAACAAUUGGCAACACAACAGUGACUGGAAACCAGACUGCAGGUAUUAUUACUCUUCCAGUCCAGCAACAAUUGACAGCACAGCAAUUAUCUGCCCUUGUUCAACAAGCAACAGCCCAUCUUCCACCAUUACCUCCAUAUACACCUCGUCAACAGAACUCUGUUCCUGCAUCUACUGUUUCUAAUUCUUCUCAACCACCACAGUCAGUAACUGUGCCAAACUCUCGUCCUCUCAGCCAGGACGAGUUGAUCCAACACUUGGCUAAGCAACAAGAGCAAUUAGGAGAGCAGCAACAUCUUUUGGCACAACAAAUUUUACAACAACGUUUAGCAAUUCUUACUCAGCAUCCUAUGCCUGUGAAUGUUACACUCCCGUCUACUCAAAACCUUGGUUUCUCCACAAUAUUACAUCAGGGACCAGUAGCUCAGCUUGGAAGAUUCAAUCAGGGAGUUAUUCAUGCAAUACCGAACGUUGGACAAAUAACACAGAUGAUCAAAACAACAGUACCUACCUCACAAAAAACAAGUGCUCCUGUAAGUUUGCCAUCAAAAAACAUAGUAUGGACUUCACCGCCAAAUGUGACUAUUACAAGUCCUAAUGGCUUACCUAGUAAUGUUGCGCAAACUUUUGUUUCGGGUAUAAGUGCUAAAACAAAUAAAAAAAAUAAAGUAAACCAGAUAAAUGAUACAUUCAUUGAUUUAACUGAUUCAAAUGAUCCACCACCUUAUGAGGCAACUAUUUCAUCACAUGGAAAGUCACAACCUCCGCCUACUUACCCUUCACAGACUAGUACUAACACAGUUGUCACUGGAAAGUCUUGACAAUAAUUUUAAUUCAAAAUAUUUAUUUCUCAAUUUUCCUUCUUUUCUGAUAAAGGAAACAAUUUUAAAAGAUAUUAAUAUUGCUGGGACCAAGUCCACUUCUAUUUAGCUGAUCAGAACCAAAGGUUCAGGGUGACUUAUUAGUAUGGGAACUUUGGGAAGGGGAUGCUCUAGUGCCCUGUGUCAACAAAUGUCUUUUCUCCUGAAACAAUUUGCUAGAUUUAUUUCAAAUUUGGUAUGUAGCAUCCUUUUUGGCAGUCUUGAGUAAUUUUUUGGCUGUGUUUGAUAAAAGGUCAUAAGGUAGUAGGACACGGGGAGACUGAUGUGUUUGCACUUUCCAUCUUUACCUGUUACAUUUUCAAUAGACUUAAAGCAUAGAACUAGUUCAAUCACCAAAAAACAAUGGUAUAAGCUUAAUCCUCUUAAUAUGUAAUAUGUUGUAAAUUGGGUGUCGUAAGUUAGGACUGUUGAAACAUUUUCUUUGAGACACAAAACAUCAUUAGUUUGUUGUCUUAUCAAGUUUGGUAAAAUAGAUUUGGUUAGCUGCAAGUGCUAAAAAAAUAUAUAAAUAUUGUCCAAUGGAUAGAACAUUACCAAGUCUGGGUGGUAACAUUUUUAGCUGGAGGAAGUGUCAUGAUCCACUUGUCAUUGGUUAACUUUUUGAUCAUUUAUGAUCAUUAACUUCAAUAUUAAAGAAACGUAAAGAUUAAAACUUUAUAUGUUGAUGCACCUUGAUGAGUCGCACCGAUUUUGAGGUCAAAAGGUCUAAGGGUACUGUCACCUGUAAUAGGUUAAGAUCCAAUUUCUUGGAAACUGCUUAAGUUAAUCAAUUCAAACUUGUAUACUUGUUCAUUAACAACAUAUCACAAAGGCAGAUAUUCAUGAAAAUAUAUUUUGCAACAUUAUGGGCCUUUCAUUCACAUAGAUUUUUGUGUCCUUGUUAACUUUUUUGUUAAGGUUAGUUUCUCUAAAACUAUGAAAAUUGGUAUUGUUGUUCACUUUCCAAAUUUGAAUGCAAUUUUAAAAUGCAGAUAACCCUGAAGGUAAUUUUUGCUUGAUUAAUCUUCCUUUUUAUAUUUAUUAAUUUUCUGAAAAUAAAAAUCCUCAAAGAUAUUUUUUACAAACUUUAAAUACUUUUUGCCUAUCUAAUCAGUCUUCAUUUUUCUACUAUGCUUUUAUCAUACUGUCAAGUACUCAGAAAAGUUGAGCACACUUCUCCUUGGAUGCCUUUGUUCUUAAAAUUACCCAAAAUAUUUAAUUGGCUCCUGAAAUGAAUAACUAAAUUAGUUUGUAUAAACUUUACUUAUUUUCUGGCUAGUCUAGGGAGAUUAGUCAGCUUUUGAGGCAACUGUCAUUUUUAGGUGAAGAUCAUUUAGGUUGACUGAUUUGUUAAAUAAGUCUCUGAAAUAAUCUUUUUAAGAAGAUAGACUGAUAUAAGUUAACUUGAACUUGCUUAUUGGGCAAGACACUAAAAGAAGCAUUACUUCUUAUUUUUUAUGCCUUUUACAUUGUAAAUCAGAGAGUUCUAUUUAUUAGAAAUCUUAGAAAUUUAGUGCGACAAGUUUUAUAAAUUAUCAAAAGAUUAGGCCAACACAUAUCGAAUAAAUUGUUUACUUGUAUUUCUAUGACAGUAAAUCAUGUUAUUUAACUUAUAGUGACCUUUAAACAGAGUUUGUCAUAACUUGCCAUUUGUACCAAGCUGUUAAUGUGGAUAACAAAUCUAUCAAAAGGUAUUUUUAGCUGUAUAUAAAUGUUUUAGAUUUAAUGAUUUCCAUCCAAAGAUUUUUGUUAGACCUUUUAUUUAUAUGUUAAUUGAUGCAUAUUUGGAUCUAAUGAAUUUGAUAAUUAAAGCAUUAAUUUGCAUGCAUUAUGCUUGAAUCAUGUAACUGUAAUUCUUAGUAACAAAAUGAUAUUUUACUGUUAUUAUAUAUCAAUAGAUGUUGUGUACUAUUACAUUGUGUAAUUAAGGGGUCGCUGGUACGAUCCUCGAGCAAAGCUUUAAUUUUUCAGCAAUAGUUGAUCUCUGAUACUGAGUCUUAUGAUCAUUUGUCUCUUGCUGCUGUUUGAGAAAUUAUGUGGGAUUAGUAGUCCACUAAUUUGUAAUUGAGUUAGUUAUCCCAGGAACAAACCACCCAGAUCUGACAAAAAAAAUUAAAUAUAGAUUAAAACCAGACACAAUAAGGACUAUUUUGCAGAACUGUUAAAUUUUUUUGACUCUUUUUUUAUCUGUCUGCUACAGGGUAUAAGCUUUCGUUGUCAGUCUGUCCAUCUUUCACAAAACUUGUCUUGUCUACUCUUCAACUACUGGUGCAAUUUUAUUCAAAUGUUUAGGUUGAAUGAGUUUUUGCUGAGUUAUGGUCCUUAAAAAAAGCAUUUUUUGCCGGUGUCUCUUGUUACAUGUAAAUGGAACAAACUUUCUAAACACCCCUCAACACAACCGUUGAAUUAGCUAUCAUCAUUGGCUAUCACAAAUUCAACAAAAUUACUUGUUUAUUUCUAUGACUACAUUUUAUCAAUGUAUAUUUUACACUCUUAUUAGACAGGAAGUUAAUUAAAAUUGGUCUGUAGUAUUCUUAUUAGUCCCAAACUGUUCACUGAUAUACCUUCAUUCCAUCACUUCCUGUCUGAAGAAAUCUGAAUCUAGUCUUAACUCAAAAAGAACAAAUCCUAGGUUGAUUAUACUUGAUAUGUGUAUAGAGGACCAGAUGAAGAUUAAAAAUCUUUCAUUGUGAUUGCAAUGGUUAUGGAAGUGAUGUAAAAUGAUGGAACAAAUCUGGAUCCUGUCAUUAGUAAAAAAAAAAAAAGGACAAAAGUCAAAUUUAUGAUACUUGGUAUGUGGAUUGAGGGCCAUAUGCAUAUUUUGCAAAUUAUAAUUAAUUUUUGUAUCUUUCCAUCUGUGUGUUUCAUUCCGUCCUUGUGAAGAAAUCUGGAUCCUGCCAUAACUCAAACAAAACAAGAGCUGGGUUGAUGAUGCUUUCCUGGGUGUGUUGAUAUAGAUAUUAUGCAUGUCAUUUUAAGAAGACAUGGUUUUUAUGGUUAUUUAAAAAGUAAAAAUGAAAUUUGACGCAUAACUGAGAUAUGAUAACUCAUAAAGUUAACACUUGUUCCAUGUAUGUAAAAAUUAUAUCAAUUUCCUUAAAAUUGCUCAAGCAUGAUUUCUUCCUA